CCGUAUGUAUCAAACUCAAACUGUUUUAGUAAAAAUCUAAACGCAGUCGCUGCAUCUCAGUGCCCUGUAAGAUGAAUUAUGAUAUAUAAAAAUAAACUUAAACAGGAAAAUACAUACUGAUAUACUGUACGAUUUAGAUUGCAAAGAUCAGAAAAUACCUCAGAGCUUGCAGCCCUUUGAUUGAUUUAAUGAUUUUUGUCAGAAUUAUGUCCCUUUAAUGAUUUUAAUUUUUAAAAUUUGUACGGACUACUCUAAUAUCACAAAUGCAUUUUCAAUGAAACUUUACAAGAUUAAUUGGUAGCUUGCGCAUACGGGUUUUCCGGUUGAAGGAUUUUUAGCCGAGUUAUGGCCCUUAAUUAAAAUUGUGUUUUGCAGUGUUGAUGGCCCUUGUGUCAAUUUAAAGCGUCGCUUGUUUAUAUUUUUUUAGCAUUGUUUGCUUAUAAAUGUUGAUUUUAAGCGUCGUUUGACUGUAUUCAUUUUAAGUGUUAUUAUAUGAAUAAGCUUUUUUUAUUUUUUAGAGUCACCAAACAUGUUGUAGAAAAGACAACUUGAAGUAUCAAUCCUAAUAAAAAAAUCAUGGAUUCAAAAGACAAGGACUACAGGGUAAUUACUCUUAUUACUGACAUUUGCCCAAUACCUUUGAGGAAAUAUUUCCUUGACUUAGCGAAGUCUGAUACAAGUUCAGGUGUCCCUUUCACAACGCUUGACCAGUAUAUGGUACACCGACACAGCGAUGUAAAAACUCUCAUGUCUUCUAAAAAAUCUAUACGGCAAGAUCAGUAUGAUUUGAUAUAUCCAAAUGCUGACAAGACAAAAUGGGACGUUACUAUACUAUCAGCUCUCUUGCUUGGACUUUUUGAGAAUCAGAUGAAAAAAGGUGAAAAUAGUUUGAUUAAAGUAAUUUGUGAAAAACGCAACAAACUGCAGCACAAGCCGGGAAGCGUUAUCACAGAUGAUGCCGAAUUCGAUUCAGAUUGGAACGAUAUUGAAACUGCGACACAAACUUUAGCACGGAUAGUUGGUGGAACAACGUUUGAAAAUGAAGUAACAAAACAAAUUCAAGCAGUAAAGGUCAACAAUCUUCCAAGACUAGGCGAUACACUCAGAAACUGGUAUGAAGAUAUCAUAAUUGAACUUAAGAACGAAAUCAAAGAACUCAAAGAAGAAACUGUUGAAAUUAAGAAAAUCCUUCAAGGUGUUUCUCAUAAAAGACCUAUUUCGAAAGGGGCACCAGCUAAAAAGGUAUUGAAAACUGUAGACGUACGCGUGAACAAAUUAAGAGGUAAGCAAAACUUUCACUCUCUUUUAUUCAAAAGCACAAAUAUGCAAAUUAUUGUUACAAGUAUUGUUAUAUUUCGUAGUAGUACAAUAUCAGCCCAUGAAUAA